AUGUCAACUAUGUUCAUUUCCAUGCUACUUGUGCUACUUGUUCCCCUAUACAUGUAUCUCAAGGCUAGCAGUAGAUCUAAGAACACAUCAGUGCUUCCCACAAACUGGCCAAUAUUGCACAUGUUCCCUUCCUUCAUGGUCAAUGUCUACAACUUGCAUGACUAUCUCACCUUGGUCCUCGCGGGAUUAGGCCACAACUUCAGGGCGCACGGCCCACCCGGGACCGGGAUGCGGUUCUUCGUCACUUGCGACCCUGCUAAUGUCCGGCACAUCUUCACGACCAACUACACCAACUUCCCCAAGAGCGUGCUCAGCAACCCGCGGAUGAUUGCCAGUACGGAGGCAUGCUGCCGCAACAAGGUGGAAAACAUCCUUCUCCCAUUGCUCGCCUACAUGGCGAGCACCGGCACUCCUUUUGACGUGCAAGAAUUGAUGUCGAGGUUUAUGUUUGACUUGGCUACUAUGUCUCUCUUUGGUGUGGAUCCUGGCCUCCUAUCAUUAGACAAACCACCCAUGGACGCUGUGGUUGCUCUGAACGCAGUCAUGGAGGUGGGAUUUUUCCAGCACACCAUGCCAACUUCUUGCUGGAAAUUAAUGAGGUGGCUAAACAUCGGUCGCGAAAGAAAGCUCUGCACAGCGCACAAAGUGCUACAAAGGUUCCUCGUGGAGAUGAUGGAGAGGAGGAAGAUGGAGAUGAUGGAGAGGAAGAUCAACACAUGUCAUGUUGGUAGUGACGACGAACAAGAUGGUGUGGAUAUUAUGUCUUCCUACCCAGACUAUGUUCACGAUGACUUGUCCUAUGCCAAGAACAUUGGCUACAUGCUUCCUGCAAGGGACACAAUUGGAACGACCCUGACAUGGAUUUUUUACAACCUCGCCCAGAACGCAAACAUUGUGUCAAUCAUCCGGAGUGAACUAUCACCCAUUGCAUCAUGCAAAGGAGCAUCCGGUGUGGAUGCCAUGAUGAUCUUUGAGCCGAACGAAAUCAAAUCUCUAGUCUAUCUGAGAGCCGUCUUGUACGAGACUCUUAGGUUGUACCCACCGACACCUUUCGAGCGCAAGACGGUGUCCGCCGAUGAUAUUAUGCCGAGUGGCCAUGAGGUGCACACCAGUGACACCAUCCUUAUUUCUCUCUACUCCCUGGGGAGAAUGGAGGGCGUGUGGGGUAAUGACUGUCUCGAGUAUAACCCAGAUAGGUGGCUCUUGGAAGAUGGAAACAAUCUGAGGUACGUACCAUCUCACAAGUUCUUGGCCUUCAACUUGGGCCCAAGGAUAUGCCUUGGGAAGGAAAUUGCGGUUAUGCAUAUGAAGACCAUCAUCGCCUCAGUGUUGUGGAACUUUGAUGUGGAGGUGAUGGAAGGGCAAAGCAUCCAGCCCAAGCCAUCUUGUAUACUGGAGAUGAAAAACGGGCUCAUAGUUAAGCUAAAGAAGCGAGAGAUGUAACAUUAGAUUUUGGUCUUAUGUAAACGUACUUACGGACUACCCGAAUUUUUUUAUGUUUUCUGUAAAGAGGAAAAACGAGAGAGAGAGGGAACGAACGAUUGGAAUGAAUAGUCUUCUCAUUGAUUGAAGAUUAGGGGUAUAUAUACCUAGUACAAAGGCGGUUUACAAAAAGAGGCAGUUGUCAAAGAGACAACCGACAUAGCAGGGAUUAACAUAUUAGUUAACUUAAUUAAUUAAUUCCUAACACUCCCCCUAAUCAAUGCUUGUCCUUGUGAGUAUGCAUUAUCUUGAUAAAUAAUACUCCUUGUAUGUCUUUGUCUUUGAGAAUGUUCAUCAUCUUCAUCUUGAGAAAUCCAUGUAUAAUCUUUAAAGUCUCCUCCAAAACCCUGUGGGAAAAAUAUGAGGAGAAUAGUGUAGAUAUGUUGCUAAAACUCCUUUAAGCCCAGUGGGAAAAAUAAGAAGGAGAAAACUGAUGCAACAAUAAUGAUUAUUGUCUCUUGAUAACUCAUAUGAGGAAAACCUUUGAAGAAGGAGAAAACUCAUUAGUGAGUUUAGAGAACAAUAAAUAUGCUUUGUAUACUUUCCUUUAAAAACCAGAUGGGAAAAAAACUUGAAAAUAUGGCAUAUAACCUUAAAAAGAUAUUGCCUCAUUAAAAACUGUUAUGAGAAACUUUGAGAGAAAACUCAUAAAGGAAAAGAGUGCGAUCUGAUAUGUCAUUGAAAACUCCUUUAAAACCCAAUGGGAAAAAUAUAAGGAGAAAAUGAUGUGACAUAUGUAAACACUUGUAUCAAUAUUGUCUCAUUAAAAACCUUUUAUGAGAAACCAUGAGGGAAAACUCAUGAAGGGAAAAAGAGUACAAUAUAUGCAAUCUGAUGAUUGUUAACAGGUUAUAGUUUGGGAGAUUACUCCCCCUGAACUUUGCAAAUCUCGAGGAUGUCUCAUACCAAUUUCAUUGACAUGAUCAUGCCAUUGUGAAUAAUCUGUUGGAUUUUCACAGUAUUUUCUUUGCAAAUUGUUUCCUCACUUUUCUAUAAUUCAUGUGGAUAAGUGACCUUCGAGCAAUGUGCUUUAUGAUAUUGCUAUUCAUAUAACCUGUAGGUAGUGAGUAACACAAGUGGUAGCAUCUUGAUAAAAUCAAGUUAUGUGAUUGUUAUGAAUCUCAACCACAUGAUUUUGAGUGUGGUUAAUCAUUCUACCGAGACAUGCAUAUUAUGCGAUUCUUUUAGAUAAAGCAAUUAUGUCAGAAUGAUAAGUGGAAAUAGUCAUUAAAGUCUAUUUGGAUGACUUUCAUGAGAAGACUAUUACAGUGAAUUCAGUCAUUGAUAUGGCAUUAUUGGGAUCAAUAAAGAGCUAAUAUCAUUACAUCAUAUCAUGGUCAUAUCUUGAUUUUCCUGAUGGAAAUGCCCAAGAUGUAUUGUGAGCAUGAGAUAUAAGUUCUUAUUUCUUAUAUCGACCAUAUACCUUUUGGUGGGGGUUACA